GUCGGUUCGACCGAAGUGCACCACUUCCCACCUACCAAGCCCACAAACGCUUACCCGUCGCAGUUCCCAACCAACGUGGGCUAUGCCGGGGGAACACCAACCGGAGCGGAACCAGCAGUAAUCGCGACUGCGCCUUCGUAUCCUAUACAGAAAGGUCAAUGCAGUAAUAAACUCAUUACCCCCGAAUCUUUUCAACCCGCGUUAAGCGGAGCGAAGAAACCAGAGGCUGGAGUGAAAGGGAAGAAGUCUAAGGCCUUUAAUCUUCUGCGUUCUUGGGGGAACUUGUCCCCAUGGUACAGCGUCGAUAGGGGGACGUUUGGCCUUGACUCGGGUCCAGAGAUUCCUGAAACGUGUCGAAUUACUGGUUUACACUUCUUGCACAGACAUGGUGCUAGAUAUCCAACGGCAUGGGCGAGUUACGGCGGACCGGCUAAGUUCGCGACAAAAAUUCACAAAAACCCAGAGAAAUGGAAUGCUUCUGGUGAUUUAGAUUUUCUAAACGACUGGACUUACAAGCUUGGUGAAGAACUCCUCACGCCCUUUGGGAGACAACAGCUAUUCGAUCUGGGAGUAUCCUUGCGCAUGAAAUACGGAUUCUUGCUGCAGAAUUUCACGGAAUCGGACACAAUCCCUGUUUUCCGGACCGAAUCUCAAGACCGAAUGCUUGCGUCAGCAAUGAAUUUUGCCAUUGGUUUCUUUGGAUAUCCGUAUGAGGGGCAAUAUCAGCAGAGUAUUACCAUAGAAGCCGAUGGGUUCAACAACACCCUGGCACCGUAUAAAACAUGCCCCAAUGCUAAUGACGGGUCAAAGAGUGACCGUGGACGAUGGUACCUUGAGCGUUGGGCAACUCUUUACCUCAGAGAUGCGCGGAGGAGGCUAGUUACCCAGCUAGGAGGUUUUGAUCUGACGAUCGAAGAUGUCUACACCAUGCAGCAAAUGUGCGCCUACGAGACGGUCGCAUUGGGAUACUCCAAGUUCUGCGAGUUGUUCACAGAAGAGGAGUGGGAGGGAUUCAACUAUGGGCUCGAUCUUACAUUCUGGUAUAAUUCGGCCUUCGGGUCGCCAACAGCUCGUGUACAAGGCAUUGGAUAUAUCCAAGAACUAGUCUCUCGUUUGACACACACGCCCAUCGCGACUCACAACUCAUCCACAAAUGGAACAUUAAAUGAUAACCCUGUUACAUUCCCCCUUGGGCAGAGCCUCUACGUUGAUGCGACUCAUGAGGUCGUCGUCAUGAACAUCUUAACCGCUCUCAACUUGACUUCACUCGCCAAGACUGGACCUUUACCAUAUACCCAUAUCCCAAAGCACCGCUCGUUCCGGGUAGCGGAUAUAGCUCCUUUUGCAACGAACGUCCACCCAUCAGUUCUGGCGUGCACGUCCAUUCCAGACCCACAAAUCCGGAUUAUAGUUAAUGACGGUGUCGUUCCUCUGACUGGCAUCCGCGGAUGCCCUGACCAGGAUGACGGGAUGUGUCCCGUGGAUGUGUUCGUUGCUGCUCAGAAGGAGAUUAUACAGAAGACGGAUUGGGUUUAUGAUUGUCAUGGGAAUUGGACGAUACCUGAGGGU